AUGGAUGAUGAAGUUCUUGCCGGUUUUGCACGACGUACAAGGAGAAGACGUGAUACCAAUGAACCAAAUGGACUUGUAAGUCAAGAGGAGGGGGAGACCUCCAGAGCGGUAACAGUUGAGGAUAUCGUCAGAGUUAUGUCAGGAAUAACACAACAACAUGCACCAACAAAUAAGUUUGCUGAAUUCAAGAAAUUAGCUCAACCAUACUUUGAUGGUAGCAGCGAUCCGCUAAAAGCUGACAAGUGGAUAAAAGAGUUGGAGAAGUUCUUCGAUGUACUCAAAUGUGACGAUGUGGAAAAGGUACGAUUUACAAUAUUUCAGUUACAAAGAAAUGUAAGCGAUUGGUGGGAGUUGGAGAAGAAAUUUUACGAGCGCGAUACAAGUACACUCUCAUGGGAUACAUUUAAGAAAGCUUUUUACAACACUUAUUUUCCCAAGAGUUUGAGGCAAGAGAAAGAGAUGGAAUUCAUGAAUCUGAAACAGGGAAAUAUGACUGUUACUGAAUAUCAAGCUCGGUUUGUGGAAUUAACAAAGUUUUCUCAACCAUGGAUGGGAAGUGAGAUUACGAAGGCGAGAAAGUUUGAAAUAGGGUUGAGUUCCCACAUUAGGCAAGUUGUGGUUCCUUUUGAGCUUAACACUUUCAUUGAAGUGGUUGAUAAGGAACGAUUAAUUGAAAGGGAGUUGGAUAUUACGAGAAGGAUUGAUGAGGCGAGCUCGAAGAAAAGAAGUCAUCAAAGUGCCAAUGAAGGAAAUCGAAACUCAUUCCAGAAUAGAAGGCCCUUUUCUGUGAGCAGUCCGGCUCAAGCCCCUAGAAAUGUGCCUUCAAAUAAUAUAUCGUCGUCUGUGCAAUGUUCGCAUUGUUCUGGAAACCAUCGCAUGGAAGAUUGUCGUUGGUUAUCGGAAGCAUGUGUUUUAUGUGGGCAACAUGGUCACUUGAGAGCAAAUUGUCCACGCUUUAGAAAGCCAUUCACUCAGCCUAAUGCGCGCGAGACAAGAAAUUCCAUGAAUCGAAGACCCUUUCCCAAUAAAAAUAAGAAAAUGGGACAGACAUCAGGAGGCCAAGCUAGAGUGUUUUCUACAAUGAAUGUCGAGUAA